GCAUGAUUGCAUGAGGAUCCAAACACAUUUCCAAGGAGUAAAAAUAACAAACUGAUAAAACAUGAUAAGGUAACAGUCACACACUGUUGAGUUCUGGCGGGUAAGGAGGUGGAUGCCGCCAUCUCAACACCACGCACACGAACAACGGAGGAGAAAACCUUAUCUCUCUCUUCAGUCUAGAGAGAGGAAGACCGAAUUCAUCAACAAUGUCAAUUACAGCAACAUCAACUACUACAACGGUGUGUUUAGUAUACACUGCUCGUAUCGGGGUCAAUCGCAAUCUUCCUCCUCCUCCUCGUCGGCUCCAUAUGUUUCGAAUACACUGCUCUGAUUCACAGCCUGGACGUGGCUUUGGGCGAGAUAAGAACAACAAGAAGGCAACCAGAGACACAAAGUCAAGUGGGGAGAAGGACGUGGUGUUACAACAAAGGAAAUCAACAACUGAACAAUCUGGCAGUAUACCUCGUAAAGAGGCACCCGGGCUGAAUCCUCGUACUGAAGAAAAAUCAAGGAAUAUUGCCUUCGAUGUUGAGUUUGAGAAACGGCUGGAAGCAGUUAAAAGGUCGGCGCUUGAGCAGAAGAAAGCAGACGAAGUUAAAGAAUAUGGAGCAAUUGACUAUGAUGCGCCGAUGGAGUCCAAGGGUAGCACAAUCGGACUUGGUACUAAGAUUGGAGUAGGAGUUGCUGUCGUGGUUUUCGGGUUGGUUUUUGCUCUUGGAGACUUUCUUCCCUCUGGAAGUGUUAGUCCCACUGAGGAUGCCCCGGUGGUCAAUAAUAAACCUUCAGGAGAAGAGAAAGCAAAACUUCAGACCAGACUGCAACAGUAUGAAGCAAUGCUUAAAAUCUCCCCCGAAGAUCCAACUGCUCUUGAAGGAGCGGCAGUAACCUUAACUGAAUUAGGAGAGUAUUCUAAGGCUGCCUCUCUUCUUGAGGAUUUGACCAAGAAGAGACCCGACCUUGAUGCUUUGCGUUUGCUUGGAGAAGUUAAGUAUCAACUUAAAGAUUAUGAAGGGAGUGCUGCUGCAUAUAGGAAUUCUGCAAUGGUGUCUAAAAAUAUUGAUUUUGAAGUUCUGCGUGGUCUUACAAAUGCAUUGCUUGCUGCUAAGAAACCAGAUGAGGCGGUUCAGUUCCUUCUGGCCUCUCGUGAACGUCUGAAUAUAGAAAAAUCAGAUGAUCUUAAUAGCAAGGCUGACAGCAGUACAGUGGAAGCGGCACUUCAGAAGGUGGACCCCAUUCAAGUUGAAUUGCUUCUUGGAAAAGCCUACUCAGAUUGGGGCCAUGUCAGUGAUGCUGUUUCUGUUUAUGAUCGACUCAUUUCUAGCCAUCCCAAUGACUUUCGGGGUUACUUAGCCAAGGGAAUUAUUUUGAAAGAAAAUGGUAAAGUUGGAGACGCAGAGAGGAUGUUUAUUCAAGCACGGUUCUUUGCACCUGAAAAAGCCAAGGCACUUGUGGACCGUUAUUCAAGACAAUAACAACUGUUUGUACUGCUGACAAGUUUGACACUGAAACCCUGAUCUUUUGUUAAGAAAUUGCCCUUCACUUUAUAGAGUAGAUUAUUGUUCAUGGCUCCCCUGUUUACAGAGUUGGAAUUAGAAUAUAUAAUUGUAAUUUUGGUUGAUUUUUUUUUGGUUAGAUUUGGAAUUGAAAAUGAAUUAUAAUUUAAUCUUUAUAUUUGUAAAAGAUAUUCAAGUAAAUAAAAUUAUAAUAUUAUUAUUUCCUAAUAAAGAGAUGAAAGUACAUGAGAAUAUAUUUUGUCAACCAAUUGUUGGUUUUCCUUGUGUGCUUUGAUUUCUUCCAAAGUGAAAUAAUACUAAUAAGAUGAGUAAUUUGGGACAGAACUUAGUGAUCUGUUUUAGAGUAACGAGUCGCUACAGGGACAAUUGAAUCUUAGUUAUUUGUGAAGGAAAAAAAAAAAAGGAUAAAAAGGUCAA